UGAUAGUGUUGGUGCUGAUAAAAAGUUAAAUGACCGAAGGAGGAGACCUUCUAAACGUACCGGAUGUAAGGCACACAUCCGUUUGUCUUUAACUCCAAAAAAUACUUAUAGAGUUUCUCAUGUAUUUGAGGAGCAUAAUCAUUCUUUUGUUGAUGAAGAGGAUUAUCAUCUUUUAGCUUCGUCUAGAAAGUUGACAUUCACUGAAGAGCAACUGCUUUCUGAUUUUUCUGAGAUGAAUAUUGGUCCAGUUAGGGCAUUCAACCUUAUGAGAAAGAUUCGUGGUGGAUUUGAUAAGGUUGGAGUGACGUCUACUGAUUGUAAAAAUUUUAAAAGAGAUAUUAAUUUGUUCAUUGGAGAGUUUGAUGUGGAUAUGGCUGUCCAACGUCUUAUGAAGAAGAAGCUGUAUUUGCCGAAUUUUUCUUGUGAAUUUUAUUGUGAUGAAAAAGGUGCUCUUGCUGGAUUAUUUUGGGCUGAUGAAGAAAUGAAACUGAAUUAUGAGGUCUUUGGGGAUGUUAUGUCUUUUGAUGCUACGUUCCGUACGAACAGGUAUGACUUGGUAUUUGUUCCGUUCACUGGAAUCGAUAAUCAUCAUCACAAUGUCACGUUUGCUGGUUCUUUGUUAGCAUCUGAAACUGCUGAAUCAUAUAAAUGGCUUCUUCAAAGUUUUUUGAAGGCUUUUGGUGUUGCACCUAAGGUGGUUGUGACUGAUCAGGACGCUGCAAUGAAAAUUGCCAUCCGAGAUGUUUUCCCAGAUACCAGACAUCGUUUGUGUAUGUGGCAUAUAAUGAUCAAAGUUUCUGAAAAGGUUGGUACUGAGCUAUCACAAGAUGAGGUUUUUAAAGAAGAUAUAUGUGAUGUUGUAUGGACUGAUGCUCUUGAACCAGCACAGUUUGAGACACAAUGGUGUGAUUUAAUGAUUAAGUACAACCUUACUAGUAACAGCUGGCUGUCUGAUAUGUACAACCUCAGAUCAGAUUGGAUUCCUGCAUACUAUCGUCAUGAACAUAUGUCCGGUCUUAUGCGUACAACAUCUAGGUCUGAGAGUGAAAAUCAUUUUUUUGGUCAAUUAACCAACACAAAAUUGUCAUUAGUUGAGUUUUUGAGCCAUUUUGAUACUGCAAUGGAAUCUCAGAGGUUUAAGCGCAGCAAACGUGAUCAUGAUACCAGAUACACACAACCUCGCAUGAAAACCAAUUAUGAAUUGGAACUGGAAGCUGCAAAGAUUUAUACUCGGGGGAUAUUUUUUGAUGUUCAAGAAGAAAUUCGACUUGCUUGCAAGAAUUGUAUGUGCAGGCGUGAAGAAGAAGUUGGUGAUUCAAUUAAGUUUUAUAUUCUACAGGUCAAUCUUCCUGGCCUUCAUGAGGUUCUUUUUACUCCUAAGGAUAUGGUAAUUAAAUGCAGCUGCAACCGAUAUGAGCAGUAUGGUUUGCUAUGUAGGCAUGCCUUUUGUGUUCUUCGUCUUUGUGGUAUAAAGGAGUUCCCUAAAAAAAUAUGUUAUGAGGCGUUGGACAAGAGAUGUUGUUCCAAAAAAGACAAAAGUUUUGAGUUUUGAUCAAAAUGCUGCUGGUAAUCAAGUUGAACGUGCUUCCAGCAUUGUGCGUGAGAUAAUGACUGCAACUGAACAUAUUGUUAACCGUCUUGUUACAAAUAUUGACCUGUUAUCGUUGUA